AUGUUACAAAUAAAAUACCUAAGGAAAAAUGAGAAACCCCGAGGCGGUGACUUCUGUCCUCGGGUCUGGGACGGCAUCCUAUGCUGGGAGAGUGCACCAGCCAACACGACCGCACGUGCGCCAUGUCCGGAAUACCUCGACGGCUUCGACACCACCCGGACUGCGAGCAAGCUGUGCACGGAGAACGGCACCUGGUACCUGAACCCGCUGCAUGGCCAGACAUGGACCAACUACUCGCAGUGUUUCCUGGCAAAGACAUCGGACAGCCUCUCCAUGUUCGAGCCUCACCUCCCGACCAUCAAGCUUAUUUCGAAGAUUGGCUACACAGUGUCCUUCAUCAGUCUCAUCAUCGCCUUCAUCAUCCUGGCUUCUGUCAAGAAACUGCGGUGCCCUCGGAAUAGCCUGCACAUGCACCUGUUCCUGUCUUUCAUCUUGCGCGCCCUUGCAGUCUUGGUCAAGGACGCCAUCUUUGUGGACGGCAUUGGUCUCAGCCCCAACAUGGACUUCAGCCAGGACAACGUAGACUGCAAGGUGUUCACGAGUUUCUGGCACUACGUGCUGAUGGCCAACUACUGCUGGAUCCUCAUGGAGGGACUGUACCUGCACAGCCUCGUCUUCCUCGCCUUCUUCACGGACAGUUCGGGGAUUAUAAGAUACGUCGCUCUUGGUUGGGGGCUUCCGAUACUGUUCCUUGUUCCUUGGGUAGCAGUAAGAGCAAUGCUUGAAGACACGUAUUGCUGGACAACAAAUGACACAAAAUCUUACUUCUGGAUUAUCCGAGGACCUAUCACGGCGUCCAUAGUGGUGAACUUCGUCCUAUUUAUCAACAUUACAAGGGUACUCUUUGUAAAGCUGUUCACCACCCAAACCCACCAAGCAAGGAAGUACAGAUACAGGAAGUGGUUCAAGUCGACGCUUGUGCUGGUCCCUUUGUUCGGCGCCCACUACGCCUUCCUUUUGGGAAUGUCCUUGGCGGCAGCAGGCGACCUGCUUGAGCUGGUGUGGCUCUACAUCGAUCAGCUGUUCUCUUCAUUCCAGGGGUUUCUGGUGGCGACGCUCUACUGCUUCCUGAACGCCGAAGUGAGCUACUUCACAACCCUCUGUUUUUAA